CUGCUGCUGGGAGAGAGACAAAGGCGGUCGGAGAGCGGCAGAGGCGAGGCGGAUCGGUCGGUAGUGUCAGCAUGGGGAGAGAGCCCGCAGCUGGACUCCCGGGAUGAAACGGAGUAAAUCCGCAGCGUCUGCUUCGGGGUUGGAAUGACUGGAGUAUGUACCAAAAUAAGAACUCAGAGGAAAAAGUAAGUCUGGGAAAGGACUUUCAGAUUUUGACGGUCUUGGAACUCUCGCUCGUCUUUGAGGCAUGCCUUCUUCGAUGCGCUACCUCUUUAUAGUCUCUGUCUCGUGUGUCAUCAUUUUUAUCGCGCUCUAUGUGUUCAGAUUUGGGGGAGAGCAAAGCUUCCAGAGGCUAAAUAACUCGGACACUUUGAUGCUGACUGAAGUCUGCACAUCCUUUAUCAAAGGCAAAACACCUUUCCUGUGGAAAAACAAACUAACCAUCUACGAGCAGUCUUCUUGCAAGGAAUACCUGACCCAAAGCCACUAUAUCACGGCCCCUUUAUCCAAAGAAGAGGCUGAAUUUCCUUUGGCAUAUAUAAUGGUCAUCCAUCACAAUUUCGACACCUUUGAAAGGCUCUUAAGAGCUAUUUACAUGCCCCAGAACGUCUACUGUGUUCAUGUGGAUGAAAAGGCGACGGUCGAAUUUAAAGAUGCAGUGGAACGAUUGCUGAGCUGCUUCCCAAAUGCGUUCCUGGCUUCCAGGAUGGAGCCAGUUGUCUAUGGUGGGAUUUCCAGACUCCAGGCUGACCUGAACUGCCUCAGAGAUCUCGCAGCCUCGGAGGUUCCGUGGAAGUACGCCCUCAACACCUGUGGGCAAGAUUUCCCCCUGAAAACCAACAAGGAAAUAGUGCAGUAUCUGAAAGGAUUCAAGGGGAAAAACAUCACGCCGGGGGUGCUGCCCCCAGCUCACGCCAUUGGACGCACCAAGUAUGUCCAUCGAGAGCACCUGGGCAAAGAGGUUUCCUAUGUGAUCAGAACCACAGCUUUGAAACCACCUCCUCCGCACAAUCUCACCAUUUACUUUGGCUCUGCCUAUGUUGCUCUAUCUAGAGAAUUCACCAACUUUGUCCUCCAUGACCCACGGGCUGUUGAUUUGCUCCAGUGGUCCAAAGAUACUUUCAGCCCUGAUGAACAUUUCUGGGUGACACUCAAUAGGAUUCCAGUCUCCUUCCCUUUCCAGCCCUUGCCAGAGAUGCAAUGCGGGAAAUCAAGAAUGUUGUCUAGGUAGGUGCAGGAGAGAAAACCAUUUUUGCUCUUGGUUUGUGGUGUGGCACACUGGCUCUGCCCUCUCCCUGUGCCGGCCUGACCCAUGCACAGCGCAUAACCUCUUGGAGCCUCAAAUCUCCCCAGCUACAAAAUGAGGGCCCAGGUCGGAAGACCCUUUUCUUCCUACACACGUCUUUCUUUGCAAAACAUGUCCAGAAGCACGUCAACAGCUAGUGUGUAGCUGUGAGGAAUUUGUAGAAAGGCUGAAACAUUGGUGUGUCUGGGCUUCCAGUCGCCUUGGCCAGUGGAACCCCAUUUCCCCUAUGGAAACUGGAGGUUGAGCGGUCCACCAAGAGCAUGUCUCCAGAGAGGAAGGUGAGCUCAGCCCAGGUCAACGGUCUGUGGGGUCUGAGUCUGCUUUUCAGGGUAGGGUGGCAUUUCCUGGGGUUGCCUCCUUCCUUUCUUAGACUCUGGAGGGCAUCCUGGCUCAGGGAGAAAGCAGAAGGAAAUCCUGCCUGUAGGUGGGGGACUUCCCAAAUUACAAGUAAUUCAGAGAAAACUUGGCUGUCUCCAUCUUUAAAGGCAAUGCAAAAUUCAAUUACACACUCAGUUACUCCAGGAGUUUAACACUUGAGCACUCUUUGUAAUUUCAGAUUUGGUGUGUGAAUCUGGUUCUUUAUUACCAGACAACCUUUAACCAAAUCAGCUCUUCUAUUUUCAGUGUCCUAUUUGAAGGGGAAAAGUCCUGCAGUGAAAAAAAUGUAAACACAUAUGUGCUUAUAAUUUUUUUGCAAACGUGCAAGUGCAGAUAGUGUCCCUUUCUUCCCUCAAACUUAACUGUCUCUCUUUCUCCUAAACAUCCUAAAUUAAAGUGCUUCUGUUAGGAAGACCCUGCACAGGCAUAUCACGUUCCCCAAAACACCCACAAGAAAAUGAUUAGUCCCCUAUAAUUAGAUGAUAUCAGAAAACAAAGUGAAAAUAGUUUAAAAUUGGUGAGACUCAACAGAAAGCACAUUCGUAGAGGGAGCACUUCAUCACAGAUCUUUACACUGCCUUAUUUUUUUUCAUGUUGUCUUUUUAUUGAGAAAAAUGACUUCUCUCUUGGUUUUCAACCCUUUGGUUUCUUCCAUACUGUGUUAAAAUUAGAAAUGACCCUGGGAUAGGUCAGAAAGAAUCCCCUGGGGGACCUAUCUCAUCUGCUUCGUCAGGGGAGGCCAGUAGGAACACCAUCCCGGGUGGCUGGCACACCAUCCGGGUGGCUUCUGUGCAGACAGAUUGUCACGAUCUCUCCCUUCUGGCCCUAUGCUCAAAAGAGGCCUCAGGGGCACACAUUUCUCCCACUCACCCUACAGAAUGCUGGGCUUUGGUGGCGGUAGCUAACCCUGAGUUCUGGGGCGUGCUUUGCUUACCUUUCCUGAUUUCUCACAUCUUUGCAAUCAGUUCUACAUGUCACCUAAGGAAAGCCCAUUUUCUCUAGGUUUUCUGGUGAUUCCUAUAGCAUUUUCUUCUGUCUUCCUGCCCCAGAGGGACUGCCACAGGCCACUGAGAGUUUUGCUUUAAGUCUUGUGAAAUGGUUUAGCAUCUGCAGAAACUGCUGCCUGGCUAAUUUUUUUCGCAGGCCAUUUGCACAGCUAUGGUGCCUCCAUGCCCCUCUUCAGGGUGGUCCAUCCCUAAUGUGAGAGCCAAGCUACCAUGAGCUACGGCUUUGGCCGCUGCUUUUCCCUCACUGCGUAAGUUUGUCCUUUUGAAUUUUUCUCGUGCAUCACCCUGACCUUUCUCAUGCCAUAGUGUUUUUCUUCCAUGGAGUGUUUUCAUUUCCCUCUCUUCCUUUUCCCUUUCUGUAUAUAUUUUUUAGAGUUCCUUUGUCAAAUAAAUUAUCUCAACCUCAGAAGUGACCACAUGAGCACAUUUCCUCAUUUUUCAAGUCUAAAAAUAGCAUGUUUCCUACAUCGAUUUAUUUAGCUUUUUAAACUUUGACUUGAAUUUAUCAUGUGCACGUUCUUUGGGAGUGUGUGAGGACUCUUGAGUCGCAGUGACAGAAACGCAAUACAAAGUUGCUUCCCCAGACACCAGAACUUACUGGGUCACAGAAGUGAGGUGCUCACAAAGGGGCUCCAUGUGUAGCUGGAUCACGGGGUAAAACAAUAGAGCUGUCUCCUUGCCAGGUUGUCUCUCCGUGGGUGACCAACUAUCCCUGUUUGCCCAGGUCUGCAGGGGGAGUUUCAGCACUAAAACCAGAGAAGUCCCAGGCAAACUGGAAUGAGUUGGUUACCCUGUUUGCCAGCCUCUCUGUGUUGGCCUUAUCAGACAGGUCCCCUCACCUGGUGUCAGAGAUGGCCAGAAGUAGCUCUGGGUAUGUGGUUCUAGCAGCUGGCACUUCUGGGGGAAAUGAAGGUCUUUUUUUCCCCAGUAUUAUCAGCAACAGCUCAGGGAAGUCCUCAGUUUGGUCCUUCUUGGUCCAAAUCCCUGAGCCCUAAACAAAUCAGGGGGAUGAAGAAUGCUGAGUGAGCUUUUCUGGGUCGCUUUCCUGCCCAAGAGCUAGGAGUUACAGGCAGGCUAGGGUGGAGGAUGGCUCCCAAAGGUGAGGACGGGCCCCUGCCACACGAUGGCUCCUGCCUGUGGGCAGCACUUUCCGUGAGCAUCUCCAUGUGGUUAGGGAACAGAUUCAAUGAGAUGGCAUGGCUUUAAGCACUUGAGCGAUUUUAUCUUAGAGGAUGCUAAUUAAAUUACUUUUGUGGAAGCCGCAAGAUCUCAAUAAGCAUUCCCCUUUUCUCUCACUAAAAACAUUUUUAAUAA